AUGGGCGACUACUCGUAUCAAUCGCUGGCCAAUAUGGGACCACAGGGUCGCUGGCGGCGCGUUUUGUUGCUUGCAAUGGUGCCUUUGGCCCUCACCCUCGUUUACAUCAACUACCCGUCCUCAUACAUGCCCACUAGCCUGAGAACGACAACAUAUCCGCAUACACAGAACAUCUCCCUUCCCAAAGAUGAUCUUUCCAUGGCAACCAUCAUAAAAGCCCUCUAUGGCCCCGUGCUGCAUCCGAUCGAUGCUGCAAACUUCACAGACGAAGAUGGAGAUGUGUACCGGUUGGCUGGCGAGCCACGGUACAAGAGCAAAUUGGGCAAGAAGGUGCUUAUUUUGGACAUUGACAGCAGGCCGUUGACAGACGAGGGCCAGCUCAUGAACGAGAAUCUGAAGUGGAAGGGCAUGCGAUCGCUGAGUGCGGGCAUGUUGGCACAUUACAUGUUCGCCAAAAUACACGGCUACGAUUACAAGUUCAUCCGCGCACCCGACUACGAAGACCGCUGGGGCACCUGGGUCAAGGUCCCCAUGAUGAAGGAGGCGCUCAAAACACACGAAUACAUCGUCUUCAUGGACUCGGAUGUAAUGUUCCAUUAUCCGCAUCUGCCGCUCGAGUGGCUCCUGAACUACUGGAACAUGACUGAUGACACUCUCGCCAUGAUGUCACUCGACCCCAACGAACCGCAAAACUACGACGAAAAGGGCAACAGGUACCUAAACACCGGUUUUGUCAUUGCGCGACAGAGCCAGCGGACACAGGACAUGUACAAGGCGUGGGCUGAGUGCCCCUCCGAGACAAAGUACAAGGGCUGCGCAAAGUGGAAAACUGGCUGGGCACACGAACAGGCCGCGUUUGGAAACUAUCUACGAUACGACUACGACCGACCAGACGACAUCCGUGUUCUCCCUUGCGUCGAAGCCAACGGAGCGCCUGAAGCAGUGGAUCGCGGUGGCUGCAAGGGCGUUUUCGUGCGACACUUCUGGGUCGACAAGGGUUUGGUGGCCAAGAACCUGGCAGACAGCGUCAUGCAGUACUUCCUACCACGCUUACACGAGGCCUACAUGGGCGCUGCCCAGGAACAUGUUGUGGAUGCAAAGGGGUUCCGCCUCGAGGGCGCAGAGCUCAUUGAGAUGACAGCGGAGGAGAAAGAGAUUGCGAAGCAAGCCCCGGGAAAGAACCAAAAGGAUGAAGGGUGGUAGAACAACCCGGAAUUCCACAAAGGUCUCCCGGCCUCGCUAAGGCGCGAUUGAACCCCAAUCGAAAUCAUACGAACGAUUCACGCCGUCGUAGUCUGCUACAAGCACUGGCAUCGACUGUCGGACGCUAUUCACCCCUCGCGCAACGCUUUUCAUCACAUCUACGCAACGCAUGGCUACCAUCUAUAAUGUCAUCUACUCCACGACCAACGGAACGGACAUGUCAUUUUUAUAUACCGGGAGUUGGCUUCGGCAUUCACGGGCGCCUUGGGUUUUGUCUCGUCACGUUUUUUUUGGAACGCGACUUUGGUUGCUCGCAUAUGUUAUGUGUUAGUUUUUUGGCGUACGGCUUGGAUAUCAUUUUUGGAUGAAUGAGAUGCAUCGUCUUGUAAUAUGAGCGUCUUUUUUCUUAUCCACGCUACAAAACUCCAAGCAUGACUUUAAAUGUAAGCUAGAACCGACGCUGAAGAAGAUUUUCUUCAAGUUUAUGACGUGCUUUUUACUGUAGGAUAUGUACCACUGCAUGUUCAACGGUCCUUGCUUUGUAGUUUGUGUAAUGCCAGCAACGUGUACAACACAACACGCCACUGUCUACACACAACAUAACCAUGAUACCAGUCU